AUGGCCCGCCUUAAUUUGUCCGUUCUUGCUGCCUGCUUUAUUCUUUCUGCUCUGGCUUCAGCCCUCCCUACCAAGCGCUUUGAUCCUAUGGCCGAUGAGGAUGACAUGACCGCGGCCAGUGCAGCCGCAGUGGCCAGGGACUCUUUGCAAUCCACCGUCAAUUUCUUUGAUGAUAUGAACGAAAUGUGGAAGGUGGACCACGCGGAGAAGAUCAAGGACAAGGCCAUCGGGAAAAUGCAGGCUAGUGAGAAGGCGAAGGAGGAGGUAGAGAAGGAGGAAGAGAAGGUGGAAGAGCAGUUGGAAGAGGAGGAGCAGGCUAUGGCCUCACAGCCUUCGCCUUCGCCCGUUGCGUCUGUCCAACAUAGCCCUGUCCAACAUAAACCCGUUCAACAUCGCCCCAGCAAGCCCAGCUCCAGCCAGCCCAACCCCAGUAAGCCCAGCCAACAUCACAAUGCACAAACCUCUCAUACUCAAAGCGAGGACAUUGGAGAUGGCAAGAACAAGAGCACUGGGGCAGAUAAGAACGAGUCUGGAAAACAAGAGCCAGCCCCUGAAAAGGAAAGCACUCCGGAAAAUGAUGAAGUGCCGACACGUUCGGGGAAGUCUGAUAAGGUGGCCACCAAACCAUCGGCCACGGUAUCGACGCCUAGCCCGGCCAGCAGCAGCAGCGCCGCCGCAACCCCGUCCAGCACCCAUGAGGUGACGAACAACUUUUUCUCCAAAAUCCCUGUUCUCGGUAAACUCUUGAGCGGCGGCGGAUUGAAUUAA